AUGGAUGUUUCGGAUUUGUCAACCCUAUGUGUCAUAAGCAUAAUUGUGCUUGUCUUAGUAUCUUGGAUUAUGUCUACCCACCUCGAAAAUGAAGAGACUACACCAAAGAGAAGAAUAAAGAAGAAAAUUAUGAAACAAAAGUCUGCAGAAACAAAUGAAGAGAAAGCAGAAAUAUUGACAACAUAUCGUCCCAGAGCUAGAUCCGCCAAGGCAGAAGUUAUUGGUCAGAAUAAGACCCCCACAAAGUCUAAUGCAAUUGAUGAGCCAAUUAGAACUAGAAGAAACGCAUCUCUUAAGAAAAGUAAUGCUAUUGAAGAAGCCCCAGUUACAAAAAAAAGAGUGACUAGGUCAUCCUCUAAAAAGUUGUAA